GUCCCUGACGUCAUACAGCCUUCUACCAGCCAAAGAGUUACCUCAGCAGCCACAGAGGACAGCAGCGUCAACGAAGGUUUCCAGCGCUUCCUCAGGGUGCUCAACAAAGGUGUGGACAUGGACGUGGAGUUUUCUACCAGCCAAAGCGUUACUUCGCCAGUCAUGGAGGACAGCAGUGUCAGCAAGGGUUUCCAGCGCUUCCUCAGCGUGCUCAACAAAGGCGUGGACAUGGACUUCCUCAGUAGGAUUGUCAACGAUGACAGCGAGGACAUUCCUUUAGGGAAGGAGGUCCCGAACAUUCAGCCCCCUGCUGCAGAGAACAAGUCAGAUCCACCCGUUAGUAGUGAGAGCCAGCGAUCUAAUAGUGGAGCCUCACUGCCGGGCCGCACUCGGACCAGCAGUGGAAAGAAGACAGACCUGCCCAGUAAAGAGAGAUCCCUCAAUGAGAGACUUUCUUUACCUGAUGAUGACGAGAACAAGAAUGACAGAGGUUAUAGCUCUAGCAGUCAAUCCAGGUCUCCUUUGGCAGUAAGGAAGAAGAAAAGAGAAGAAGACAAACCGAAGGUGAAGGAGCAGAGUGAACAGCUCCAGAACAUUCUUAAAACUCUGGGGUUGAGCUUGGAAGUGGAAGAUAUGAACAAAUUAGCAGACAGGACUCAGGAGAGGCUGUACGGGAAGAAGCAUGAAGACACACGGACCGACAGCAGAGGGGAGCAGCAGAGGGGCACCCCGAGACAUUACAGUAACUCCUCCUCUUCUUCCUCCUCCUUCUCCUCAAGGUCUAGAAGUUUCAGUUCUAGCCCCUCUCGCUCCUGCAGCAGAGACUCAAGACGAAGGCGUGAACGCAGCUGCUCGAGAGACAGAAGAAAAGAUGAACUGACACAACAAGACGGUAACCAGUACAGCGAAGAUGCACAGAGCUACAGGGACAAAGACAAAAAUGUCUCCACAGAAAUUUCUAGUUAUCAGCAUCCAUAUCCGCAAAACCAAACGUUUCCCCCUCCCCAUCCUGCUGCUUUUCCUACAUAUCCAGAUUACACUUUGCCCCACGGCUCACAGUACGUUGCCUACCACAGUGACACUUACAGCCACACUACAAACUCUUACUUGCCACACUCUCAGGCUGCCAUUCCUCCCUCAAAUUAUUCCAGCCGCUAUGCUUAUCCAGAAAACGCCUACAAUCAAUUUCCUGUCCAAUCACAUGCUAUCUACCCUGGUACUGAAGACAUUAACUUGCUUUUGAAUCCAGACCUGUCUACAAGUGAAGGCCAAACUGGAUCCUAUUCUGGCCCUCGCUGCCUGCAGGUCAUCAGCACGAAGCAGCAAAGAGCUGGAAGCUGCUUAAAGAGACUCACCAAAGGCCACAAGAGGAGGGGGAAUCCAGAAACUUGCUGGAAGAGGCAAAAAGCACGUUUUUUAAGGAAAAAAGAGGAGCGGAAACAACAAAAAAUUGCAGAAAGAAUGGCAAGACAGAGUGCGCUUUCUGUGCAGAUUGUGGAGGCUCCGCAGCCCAAUAACGAUGAAAGCAACUCCAAAGCCGAGCAGUCAGAAGAGGAGAAACGGCCACCAACAGAGGAGGAAGUAAAGGCGAACCUGAGGAAAAAGCUUGAAGCAUUUAACCAGAAGGUGAAGCAAAAAGUCUCACAGCCAGCCCCAUCCAUAACCUCUGGUGACCUCUGGUGACCUCUGGACUGGUUUAGAUCUGCAGUUGCAAGACUGAAUGAUGAACCUGCUGUGAGCCGCCACGGACCAUUUGGACGUCAUGUUCACGAUCAUUGCUUACACAUGAAGUUAAUGGACCAUUUAGUAUUUCAGUUGUGUGAUCAGAUUUUCCUG